AAGUUUUUGAUAAAGACGACUGGCCACUACGUUCGUCAUCCCCGAUGGGCUCACGAUCUCUUCUGAAGCGUUCAUGCCAUUCGCAAACGGCUGCUUUCUUAAGAGUAUCAUUAGCGAAAUACUUUCCCAAUAUUUCUAAGGUCAUCGCCCCAUUGAUUCCAUUUUUAGCGUAAAAUUUAAUACAAACUCGUUGUUGCAAAUUCAAAUCCAUUUUUAAAACUGUAAAAAAUAGAAAACACGGAAGAUGGUGGUCCAUAGGGGUAUCUGUUUUAUGAAUUGGGCCUACGCCACGUUAGAAAAAAGAUGCCUGUAUGAUAACAUUAUCACCGCCAUGCUAUAUAUUUUUUGUGUACCAUAAAGGGAAUCUUGCUACUCGGUGAAUGCCAACUUUGAUUCAUUACUGCACAAAAUGUCUCCAAAAACUCAUUGGUUUUGAUGUGUGCUCUUUGAGGAACAAAAGUCAGGGUUUUUUGGAUGCGCUAUGCAGCCACGUAUGUAUGUAUGUAAGUAUUUUCAUUCAGCCGUGAAACAUAUUAAAAAAUCUGAAUCAGGUAAAUUAGUAUCGUGGAAAUAAGUUCUCUUAUUUGUGCUCUAACCGAUACUACUUGCAUGUAAAUGAGUUUUGCGAGGUAGGGAGGAAUAUAUGAAAUACCGACAUGGGUACAUGUUGCUACUUGGUAAAUAACUUUUUUGAAAAAUGUUAGUAAUUAAUAGUAAUUGUUAGGGUGUGCUGUACUCGAAAUAUUUGGACACUUAGUAUUUGGUUUAAAAGUAUAGAUGCGAAAAGUAUUCGGUAUUGAAGGAAACAUAUCGAGUAUAUAAUCGUAUGUACGUGUGUCGAAUUGUCCCUAGCAGUGAUGAAUAUUGUGCAAUAAUUUGAUAGUUUCGUGUAGGGGCAUUUUAGAUAAACGAUAUCAAAAUGCUAUAUAUUUUUUAAUUGGAAGUGAUAGCUUAUUUAUUCUGGGAAUACUUUGGUUGCGAAAGUUCGGACAAGCAUUAGAUGAUAUAUAAUACAAGAAAAAAUACUGCGUGUAUAAAAUACUUAAAUUACUCCCGAACAUUUCUACAAGUGACUUAACAUGGGGGAAAGGAAAUCUUCUGUCGAAUCGCCCAAUAUACAAGUCAUCGACAAAUCCAAUAUUCUCUUGGUCACAGCCAACGUUGGAACUCUCUUUGAAGAUCCCUUAAGAUUACUGCAUCCUUGGCUUAAAGAGUUUAUGCUGAAAAUUAAGGAGUUACGCCCGCAUUUCAUGGCUCUCCAUAUGCAAGAAGUAGGCGGCAAAACUUAUGAGAAAGCAUCAAAUUCAGUUAAAGAAUUUGUCAAAUUACUUUGUGAAGAUGCUGCAAUGCGAGAUUUUUCGGCUGUCCAAAUAUACAUGGAUGAAAACUUUAAUAGUUUAGAAAAUUUUACGGCUUUAGGAAGUUUGUAUUUCGCUCACAAAAAUUUAAGUAGUAUUCGGAUAUGGAACUUCUCGAAUGCCACAUGGGAACAGCCUGCGGGGAAAAGUAUUUACUUUGGCAAUAUAGAAAACAUUUCUACAAAAGAGAAAUCUAAAUUUCCUCUCAAACUUUUUCCUGAGUGUAAAUGGUCGAGAAAAGGAUUUAUGAGAACACGUUGGGACAUUAAUGGCACCGUCGUAGAGUUCGUAAAUAUACACUUAUUUCACGACGCAUCAAAUUUAAAGGCACGCGAGGAGUGCCCCUCUGUUUACUCCCAGAGGAGGAGACAAGCAUUAAUUCAUACAUUAGAAAGGUUCCUUACGGACAAGGUGAAUGAGCCAGUACCAUAUUUUGUUUUCGGCGAUUUCAACUUUAGAUGCGAUACUGAAGGUGUUACCAAGGAAUUGACUAAAAAUCUUACGGAACAUCGUGUAUCAACCAGCAAUGUAAAUAGUGCUAAAAUGUGCUACCGCGAUGAAGACGGAGAAAACGUUUUAAUUAUCGGGAAGAAGGAAUUUAAUCACGUGAAGCAUCAAAAUAAAUUUAAAGAAGAAUGGUUAAAGAAAUACGAUGGAGAUUGGGAUAUUUUUAGAGGUAUAUUAUGCGAAUACGACAUUCCAUUUCCACCAUCGUAUCCUUAUAAGGAGGAACCACACUUGCCAACAGAAUACAUGAUAACUCGCUGCCCUUCAUGGUGUGAUCGAAUUUUAAUGAGCCCUCAAAUUCCAGAAACGAUAUUGGCUUCUAAAGAACAUAAUCCGUACAACGUUAUUGGAGACAACGUUUGUAUGGGCGACCAUAAGCCGGUGUACUUAAACGUCCAGUUAAAAACAAAUCAAGGUAUUGUGAAACCACAAGCAAAAGUAUUAGACUGUUUGCAUCACAUAUCAAAGAUGAUACUUUCCAAUGAUUCAGAUAACUCGGGAGAAGGAUGCAAGAUGGAGCCUAAGUCUCAAUUUAUAAGACUCAAUCAAAAAUUUGUCAGUGGAAAUCGGGAAUUUUUAUAUUCUGGAAUGAUUAAAAGUGACGCGAGCGAUUGCAUUAAAACAAAAUGUUUGAUAAAAUCGGAUGUUACUAAUGUCUAUAUAAUUUUAAAAGAAACGCAAUUUUAAUUAAAUAUAAAUUAUAAAGCUAUAUGACAUAU